AUGGCUUCAACCGUUGGUCUGGUGAUCAAGUGCAAGGCAGCCGUUGCAUGGGAACCAAAGAAACCGCUCGUGAUCGAAACCAUUGAGGUUGCACCUCCCAAGACAGGCGAGGUUCGCAUUAAAGUGGCAGCAUCUGGUGUGUGCCAUACGGAUGCGUACACGCUAGGUGGGUUAGACUCGGAAGGACUCUUUCCGGUGAUUCUUGGGCACGAAGGUGCUGGGGUUGUAGAGAGUGUGGGCGAGGGUGUAACUAAAUUUCAACCGGGUGACCAUGUAAUACCGUUGUACAUUCCGCAAUGUUUCGAUUGUCGGUUCUGUAAGAGCUCGAAAACGAACCUCUGUCCGAAGGUACGCGCUACUCAGGGGAAGGGUGUUAUGCCUGACGGUACGACACGGUUUACUUGCAACGGAAAACCAAUUUACCAUUUCAUGGGGACGUCAACGUUCUCCGAGUACACCGUGGUAGCUGAAGUAUCGCUGGCGAAAAUUGACGCCAGCGCUGCGUUGGAGAAGGUGUGUUUGCUUGGCUGCGGUAUACCUACCGGUUACGGAGCCGCGCUUAACACGGCGAAAGUCGAGCCUGGCAGUUCCUGUGCUGUAUGGGGUCUGGGUGCAGUUGGUCUGGCGGUCGUGAUGGGCUGUAAAGCGGCUGGAGCAAGCCGAAUUAUUGGAGUCGACAUUAAUCCGGCCAAGUUUGAGGUUGCGAAACAUUUCGGCUGCACCGAGUUUGUCAAUCCGAACGACUUCGAAGAACCCAUUCAACAAGUGUUGGUCGCGAAAACUGAUGGUGGAUUAGAUUACACGUUUGAGUGUGUUGGCAACGUUAAUACGAUGCGUGCUGCAUUGGAGUCAUGUACCCGUGGCUGGGGUGUUUCGGUGAUCGUUGGCGUUGCCGAGGCUGGCAAGGAAAUUGCUACGCGUCCGUUCCAGCUAGUCACCGGACGUACCUGGAAGGGAACGGCUUUUGGUGGAUGGAAAAGCGUAGAAAGUGUGCCGAAGCUGGUCGAUCAGUAUCUGCAGAAGCAGCUGAAGGUGGAUGAAUUUAUCACACACAAUAUGGGGCUGGACAAGAUCAACGACGCAUUUACGCUGAUGCAUGAAGGCAAAAGCAUUCGCUCCGUGGUGAACAUGUAA